AUUUUUAAACCCCGUUUUCAAACCAGAGACCCCCUCCCAAAGUUUCGCCAUGGAUGCCCACCACCACCGCCCCACAGUUCCGAACGGCACCGCCACCGUCGUUCCGCCGGCGGAAAUCCCUCCUGACCUUUCAAGAUUCCGUACAAUUGACGACCCAAAAUCUGCAACCACCAUUGCUAAAAGAAAGAAUAAAAAGAAGAAACAAACAUUAGGUUCCGACUCUGCAUCCUCAGCGUCUUCCAGUAAUUGUUGCUGUGCGACCUCCUCCUUGCAAAAGGGUAUCAAGGUUUUGAGAAACCCUACUAGAGUUCGGGUCGGGUCUUUGACGACCUCGCGGAGAAGAGUCGGCCCGAGCGAAGUUGACGCCCUCGGCCUUCCUCUGGGAAUGUCAAUUGCCGCAGUUGUUGCUCAGGUUUUGGAGAGAAAAAAUGCAGCCGGGGAGAAGAUGUCUGUUGAUCAUCUGUCUGGGAUCUGCAUUUUGGCCGUAAGAGAAUCUCUAGGAAAUGUUUUUGGUGAUAAAUUUGAUAAUUUUUUGACGAACUUUGAGAAAUCUUUUCGGAGUACAUUGAUGACAUUGAGAUUAAUUAGUGAUUCAUCUCAAAAUGGAGAAGAACUCCAAGGACCUGGAUUUACAGGGAGUUCUAGCUCAACAAGAAGGAACUUCUUGUCUCCUGACAAACUCAAAGAUUCUGCAUGUACUUCUGGUGCUACCGAUGGAUUAGAAUCACUUCAUCAUAAAAACAGCAAAGAACAACACCAAACAGCUGCAUUUCAAGAUAGUGCUUCUACGUCUCUUGAUAGAAUUGAAGAUUCUGCACUCCCUUCUGGUGGUACAGAUGGCUUGGAAUCACUUUCCUGUAGAAGUAAUACUGACAGGCAACGUUGCACUAGUGAGCAAAUGGAGGAGAACCCGACGAUGGAUUUGAUGAAUCGGCAGCUUAUGCUGCAUGAUAUACAGCCAGAGCAGCGGCUGGCUUGUGUUUCUGCAAGCACCAGCUCCUUUAAUUCCGGGGUCAACCAAACUAUGCUAAGCACCAUAGAGAAAUCUGUCAUGGAGCAAACUCGUUCCAAUGACCUAAAGACAUUUGAGAUUGGUCUUAUCAUGAAAAAGUUGCAGCUUAAGGAAAGACAAUUGGCGUUAAAUUCUGAUUCAAAUCUCCUGGAGAGGUGGAAAUUAUCAAUGGGUUUCUCUAAGGCAUCCUUCAAAGCUGAAAAAUUCAAUACUCAGUUACAAGAUACAAGACAAGUGGAGUUACUUAGGAAAUGCUUGGACUUUCUGGUUGCUGGUUUGAUCAUGAUGUUGGUUUCCCUUGCUUAUGGAACUUAUAUUUAUUCUCACCGAAGGAUUGUUGAGGCUACUGAAGUUUGCUCACCGUUCACAGAAUCCAAGUCUUGGUGGAUGCCGAAAUCAAUGGCAACAUUCAACUCAGGCCUGCAGUUGUUAAGAUGCCAAGUUCAAGUUUUCAGUCGCAUGUUGUUUGGCGCUCUAAUGAUCGGAGCAAUCGCUGUUUUACUCAUUCAGCGGUCAGCCACUUCAAAUCAGACGAUGCCUGUUACUGUCAUACUGUUGCUGUUAGGAGUGGUAUGUGGCUACGCAGGAAAAUUCUGUGUCGACAUGUUGGGUGGCAGUGGAAACCAUUGGUUAAUUUAUUGGGAGGCUUUAUGCUUGCUCCAUUUCUUCUCCAAUACCUUCCAUUCGAUUCUGUAUUUUAUCCUCAAUGGACCUAUCAUCGUUGCAGAAAAGGUGGAAGGCAAUCCUAUCUUUCCGUACUGGAUGAGAAGGUUGAUGUUCUAUGCUACCCUGCUAGUUCUCCCGUUAUUAUGCGGUUUUAUGCCUUUUGCGAGCCCGUUGGAAUGGUUUAACCAUUUCUCAUCACGGGCUACGGAUUUCAUGGAAUACAUAGAUGAUUAACUGAUCAAAGAGUAGCAGAAUGUUGUAGAUUAGUUUAAUUGUAUUCUUAUCCUCACAUCAUUGUACCAUAUCAGUCAUUGUUUAUGUAAUCCAGAGUGUAGAUCUGGGGGGUUUCUAGGUGCUUAGUCUUUUAUUCCUUUCA